AUGUUCGUCAACAACCUCUUCUAUUCCGCCGUUCUCAUCACCUUCCCGUUUGUAUCCAGGGCGCCAGCAGCUGGUCCCUACCUCUAUGCCAUCUGGACGGUCCUGAUGUUUAUCUGCAUCGGCGGCAAUUUCGUUCUACUACCAUUCGGCAUCUCAAGCGCUUUCGGACACAAAUACUUUGCUACCAUUUAUGGCAUCGUUUUCGCAGCUUUCACGCCUGGAAGUAUAAUCGGUGGUGUGAUUGUCUCUGUCGUCACCUUGGAGGAGAACACAAUGGGCAUAUUCGUUGGAUGUGGCUGUAUAAUAUUUGUUGGUGAGUAA